GUCCUGUAAAUGUGCAACACCAAGCCUCACACGUUACAUCCGGUUGAGUUGCGCUUGUGUUAGGCAUUAUGGCAGCGUUUUCGGAAAUGGGAGUUAUGCCUGAAAUUGCGCAGGCCGUGGAGGAGAUGGAUUGGCUACUGCCUACUGACAUUCAGGCAGAAUCUAUUCCCCUUAUUCUUGGUGGUGGAGAUGUGCUAAUGGCAGCUGAAACUGGCAGUGGCAAAACAGGGGCCUUCAGUAUCCCUGUUAUCCAGAUAGUGUAUGAAACCUUGAAAGAUCAGCAGGAGGGCAAGAAGGGGCGAGCCGCCAUAAAAACUGGAGGAGCCAUCUUCAACAAUUGGCAAAUGAAUCCUUAUGACCGUAGCCCCGCCUUUGCUAUUGGACCAGAUGGACUUUGCUGCCAGAGUAGGGAGUUCAAAGAAUGGCAUGGCUGUCGCUCAACCAAGGGUGUUACAAAAGGAAAGUAUUACUAUGAGGUGGCUUGCCAUGAUCAAGGGCUGUGUCGCGUGGGUUGGUCCACUAGUCAGGCAGCUUUGGACUUGGGAACUGACAAGUAUGGUUUUGGAUUUGGUGGAACUGGAAAGAAAUCCAACAAUAAGCAGUUUGACAGCUAUGGAGAGGAAUUCACCAUGCAUGAUGUCAUUGGAUGCUAUUUGGAUCUUGAAAAGAACCAGAUUUCCUUUUCUAAAAAUGGCAAUGACCUUGGUGUUGCAUUUGAAAUUUCUCCAAAUCUAAAGAAUCAAGCUUUUUUCGCCUCCUGUGUGCUCAAGAAUGCAGAGCUCAAGUUUAACUUUGGAGGAGAGGACUUCAAGCAUACACCUAAGAGUGGGUUUGUUGCCUUAGACCAAGCAACAGAAGGUCAUACUGUCAAGUCUUCUCAAACAGGAAGUGCAAAAGUGACCCAGGUGAAUACAUCGUCCAAUUUACCUAAAGCUCUAAUCAUUGAACCAUCUAAGGAAUUGGCUGAGCAAACUCUCAACAAUGUCAAACAAUUUAAGAAAUAUGUGGACAACCCAAAGCUCAGAGAACUGCUGGUGAUUGGUGGUGUGGCUGCCAAAGAACAGCUGGCUGCAUUGGAGCAAGGCAUUGAUAUAGUUGUGGGGACACCAGGCCGACUGGACGACCUAAUAUCCACAGGGAAGCUUUCUCUGGCCCAAGUUCGAUUCCUUGUCCUGGACGAAUGUGAUGGACUUUUAACUGCAGGAUACACAGACUUUAUUAACCGACUCCACAAGCAAAUCCCACAGGUCACAUCUGAUGGAAAGAGGUUGCAAGUCAUUGUUUGCUCGGCCACACUGCACUCAUUUGAUGUAAAGAAGUUGUCUGAGCGCAUCAUGCACUUCCCCACUUGGGUCGAUCUGAAAGGAGAGGACUCUGUGCCUGAGACAGUCCACCAUGUUGUGGUUCCCGUUAAUCCCAAGUCUGAUCGCCUGUGGGAGCGUCUGGGCAAAAAUCAUAUACAGACUGAUGAAGUACAUGCCAGAGAUAACACUAGACCAGGAGCCAACUCUGCAGAAAUGUGGUCAGAAGCUAUCAAAAUCCUAAAGGGUGAAUAUGCCGUAAGGGCCAUAAAGGAGCACAAGAUGGACCAGGCAAUCGUCUUCUGUCGCACCAAGAUCGACUGUGACAAUAUGGAGCAGUACUUUAUUCAGCAGGGUGGAGGUCCAGAUAGUAAAAACCACCAGUUUUCUUGUGUGUGUCUCCAUGGUGACCGCAAGCCUAAUGAACGAAAAAAUAACUUGGAGCGCUUUAAGAGAAAAGAAGUGAGACUGUUGAUCUGCACAGAUGUCGCAGCUAGAGGAAUCGAUAUCCAUGGAGUCCCUUAUGUGAUCAAUGUGACUCUACCUGAUGAGAAGCAGAACUAUGUGCAUCGUAUUGGCAGAGUUGGACGAGCAGAAAGAAUGGGACUUGCUAUUUCCUUGGUUGCCAUGGAAAAAGAAAAGGUGUGGUACCAUGUGUGUCCAAACAGAGGUAGAGGAUGUUACAACACAAAACUAAAGGAGGACGGUGGCUGCACCAUCUGGUACAAUGAGAAAGAGCUGUUGUCAGAUAUUGAGGAGCAUCUAAAAUGCACCAUCACUCAGUGUGAGCCAGACAUCAAAGUGCCUGUCGAUGAGUUUGAUGGGAAGGUUACCUACGGUCAGCGCAGGGCAAUGGGAGGAGGUAAUUACAAGGGUCAUGUGGAUGUCCUUGCUCCAACUGUCCAGGAGUUGGCAAGUCUUGAGAGGGAAGCCCAGUCUUCGUUUCUUCACCUGGGAUACCUGCCCAACCAAUUAUUUAGAGCAUUUUAAACUCACAGCAACAAACAUUACAAUGUUGACAGCAGUGUCCCGCAUCAUAAAUGCAUUUCAAAUCUACAAUAACUAAUUCACUUAUAAUCCUGAUAAUAUAAAUGAUGUGAAACCAUGUAAGUAAAUCUCUACCUUCCAAACAAUUUGUCUCAAGCAAAACAUGAUUUGUUUACAUUUUUUGUCCAAUCUUUAGGACCUAUUGGAGUAAGUAGUGUAUUUAAGUUUACUAUUUGAGCUAACAUUGAAGUCACAUGUCUUGGAGAAUAAAUUUAAAAUAUUAAA